AAGAUUGGCUCUGGCUCCUCCUCACGUACCUCUCUCCAUUGCCCAAAUGGUCCUGGUCCCCUGCCCUUGUCUCGCCCCUCCCGGGGGCUGUUUGCAGAGAGAGGUAUAAAGGGGCGGACCCAGCGGACAGCCAGGGUGCAGGGAGCCAGCGGACAAGGCUGUGUGUCUGCCUCACUCACCAUCCUCGCUCUGCACCAUGGGCAAGGACAGGCUGCCCGGAGGCCCGAACAUCUUCCUCCUGCUCCUCUUCCUCCUCCCUGUAGACACGUCACCCACCACCGAACCGCAGUACAUGGUGCUAGUGCCCUUUCUGAUCCACACCAACGUUCCUGAAAAGGUCUGUAUCCAGCUGACCCACCUGAACGAGUCUGUGACGCUGAGCGCCACGCUGGAAUACGCAGGGGCGAACAGGAGCCUGAUCGCAGACGUGGUGUCGGAGAAGGACGUGUUCAAGUGCAUCCCAUUCACGGUUCCAAAGUCCAGCAGCUCAUCAGCAGCGUUUCUCACGGUGCUGGUGAAGGGGCCGACACUGGAGUUCAGGAGCCGGAAAUCGGUGCUGGUCAAGAACUCAGAGAGCCUGGUCUUUGUCCAGACGGACAAACCCAUCUACAAACCGGGACAAACAGUUCUGUUUCGGAUCGUCUCUCUGGACGAAGACUUCCGUCCUCUGAAUGUGAAGUUUCCACUGGUCUUCAUCAAGGACCCGCAGAGGAACCGCGUGUACCAGUGGCGAGAGGUGGAGUUAAAUGGGGGCCUCACCCAGCUCUCCUUCCCCCUCACCUCCGAGCCCAUUCAAGGCACCUACAACGUGGUGGUACAAAAAGAGACAGGGACCAAUCUAGAACACUCCUUUACUGUGGAGGAAUACGUGCUGCCCAAGUACGAGGUAUCUGUGAAGCUGCCCAAGAAAAUCACCAUCCAGGAUGAGGAGCUGAAAGUGGCCGUCUGUGGUCUAUACACCUAUGGGACCCCUGUCCCCGGCCUGGUGAAUGUCCGUGUGUGCCGGAGAUUCUCCCAGUCCAGGUCACACUGCUAUGGAAGAGAGGCCGAGGCUGUGUGUGAGGAAUUCACCAGACAAGCGGACGUUCGAGGCUGUGUCUCCAAUGUGGUGAAGACUAAAAUAUUCCAGCUCAAGCGAAAGGGUUAUGAGAUGAAAAUUGAGGUGCAAGGCAAGAUCACGGAAGAGGGUACAGGGGUGGAGUUAACUGGGACAGGCUCCAGUGAGAUCACAGGCACCAUGAGCAAAAUCAGCUUUGAGCAGGUGGACUCUCAUUACAUACCAGGGAUCCCCUUCUCUGGGCAGGUGAAGCUGGUGGACGGGACCGAUGCUCCAAUCACCAAUGAAACAAUCCGGAUUUCCAUAGGGGGAAACAAAUACAAAGCCAACUACACAACAAAUGAAGAGGGCCGAAUCUGGUUUUCCAUAGACACUGUCAACUUCACAGACACCUCCAUUCACAUCACCGCAAACCAUAAAUCUGAACUGAACUGUUAUGACACAGACUGGGUCACCCCUGUGUAUGGUAACGUCGUUCACAGAGCAACACGCUUUUACUCCCCGAGUAAGAGCUUUCUCAAAAUUGAGCCCAUGUCUCAGACUUUAAGCUGUGGCUCCAACGUGGUGGUCCGGGUGCACUACAUCCUGAAGCCAGAGGCCGUGGGGGAGCAGAAGGAAAUCGUCUUUUACUAUUUGGUGAUGGCCAAGGGAGGCAUUGUGAGGGCAAGCACCGAGGUGCAUCCCAUGCGGGAUGGAGAACUUAUCCAAGUAUUUGAGCUGAGGCUCCCCGUGAGGCCUGAUAUUGCCCCCCUGGCCCGGGUACUCGUAUACACCACUUUACCCAGCGGGGAAGUUAUCGCCAAUUCCGAAGAUUUCAAGAUUGAAAACUGCUUUGCCAAUAAGGUCGACUUGCAUUUCUUACUGGCUGAGGGCCUCCCCGCCUCCAACACUCACCUCCAGAUCGGAGCCUCCCCGGGCUCCCUGUGCGCCGUCCGUGCUGUGGACAAGAGCGUCCUCCUCAUGAAGCCUGAAGCUGAGCUCUCACCCAGCUCUGUGUAUGAUUUGCUCCCGGUGAAGGAGAUCAGGGGUUAUAAUUACCGGGGACACCAUUUGGAGGAAGAAGACGAUAACCCUUGUGUGACACUCGAGAACGUCAUUUUAAAUGGAUUCAUCUACGGACCCAUUUCUCCUGACGGUGAAGGGGAUGCCUACAACGUUCUCAAGGAGAUGGGUUUAAAAGUCUUCACCAGCACCAAGGUCCAUAAGCCCAAACUCUGCAUGAAGAGAAUGACCGGUGUAUCUGUGGAAUAUGCGAGGCUCUCAUAUGAUGAAGAUCUCGCAGUUGAUGACAUGGUGGAAGAUGUCACUCAUGGCCCAGUGGAGACCAUCCGGAAGUAUUUCCCUGAGACGUGGAUUUGGGAAUUAGUUCCAGUGAGGUCUGACGGAAGUGCUGAUUUGGCUGUGACCAUCCCCGACACCAUCACAGAAUGGAAAGCCAAUGCGUUCUGCACUUCAAGAGAUACUGGCUUUGGCCUGUCCCCGACCGUGUCCCUCAGAGCCUUCCAGCCCUUCUUCGUGGAGCUCACCCUGCCCUACUCUGUGGUGCGCGGCGAGGCCUUCACGCUAAAGGCCACUGUCUUCAACUACCUGACCCGCUGCAUCAGAGUCAGCAUCUCACUGGUUUCAUCUAAUGACUUCCGGGCUACCCCUGUGGAGAAGGAAGAAGAAUCUUAUUGUCUCUGUGUGAACGGGCGGAAAACAGUGUCUUGGACUGUGACCCCAAAAUCUCUGGGUACUGUGAAUUUCUCAGUGAGCGCUGAGGCCCUGAAGACAGAUCUGCCCUGCGGGAACGAGGUAGUGGAGUCCCUGGACAAAGGGCGGAGGGACACGGUGAUCAAACAGCUGUUAGUGGAGCCUGAAGGGCUUGAGAAGGAAACGACCUACAACUUCCUGCUCUGUGCAGCUGGAAAAACAGUGCCGCAGCUAAUGCCCCUGAAGCUCCCAGAGAACGUGGUGCAGGGCUCGGCCAGAGCCUAUUUCUCAGUGCUGGGCGAUAUCCUCGGCACAGCCAUGCAGAACCUGCAGCAGCUUCUCCAGAUGCCCUUCGGCUGCGGGGAGCAGAACAUGGUCCUGUUUGCCCCCAACAUCUACGUCCUGGACUAUCUGAAUAAGACGGGGCAGCUGAGCGAGGAGACCAAAUCCAAGGCUGUCGGAUACUUAGUCAGCGGUUACCAGACACAGCUGAAGUACAAACAUUUGGACGGCUCCUACAGCACAUUUGGGCCACGUUAUGGGCAAUCAGGGAACACCUGGCUGACGGCCUUCGUCCUCAAGUCCUUCGCGCAGGCCCGCUCUCACAUCUUCAUCGAGGAGAAGCACAUCCAGGACGCCCUGACCUGGCUCGCUGGCAAGCAGAAGGACAACGGCUGCUUCCGCAGCUCCGGGACGCUCCUGAACAAUGCCAUAAAGGGCGGGGUGGACGAUGAGGUCACGCUCUCUGCCUACAUCACCAUCGCACUGCUGGAGAUUCCUCUGCCCAUCACUCACUCUGUGGUCCGUAAUGCUCUGUUCUGUUUGGAGACGGCCGCAGAGCAGGGAGGAAACCACGUGUACACCAGGGCGCUACUGGCCUACGCCUUUGCCCUGGUGGGGAGGGAGGAGAAGCGCAGGGCACUGCUGGACUCGCUUGAUAAGGAAGCUCUGAAAGAAGAUGGCUCCAUUCACUGGCAGAGGCCUGGGAAGGAGCCGGAGGCAGAUCUCCCCUUCUAUCACCCCCGUGCUCCUUCUGCCGAGGUGGAGAUGACGUCCUAUGUGCUCCUCGCUUACCUCACCACGCGGCCGGCACCAUCCCAAGGAGACCUGUCAUUAGCAACUCAAAUUGCAAAGUGGAUCAGCAAGCAGCAGAAUCCCAAUGGGGGCUUCUCCUCCACCCAGGACACAGUGGUGGCGCUCCAGGCGCUAUCCCGAUAUGGAGUCUCCACCUAUGCCAAGAGAGGAGGAGCGUCCACAGUGACCCUGCAAUCCACAGGGAAGUUCCAGGCCCAGUUCCAGGUGGAUCACACGAACCGUCUGCUGCUCCAGCGUAUGGCACUGCCAGAGGUGCCAGGGGACUACAGCAUGGGGGUGACAGGAGAAGGAUGUGUCUACGUGCAGACCAGCCUGAGGUACAAUGUGCUCCCCAAGCCAGGCGAGGCACCAUUUGCGCUGGAGGUGCACACGGUCCCUGAGACGUGUGACAGCAUCAAGGCUCACAGGACCUUUGACAUCACCAUAAACAUCAGCUACACAGGGAAACGCCCUGUCUCCAACAUGGUCAUCGUUGACAUUAAGAUGCUGUCAGGAUUCAUCCCUGUGAAGUCAUCAGUGAGGAAGCUGGAAGGACAUAACCACAUCCAACGCACAGAUCUGAGCACCAACCAUGUGCUGCUGUAUAUGGAGCAGGUGAGCAAUGUGACUCAGAGUUUCUCCUUCACGGUGGAGCAGGACUUCCCCGUGCAGAGCCUGAAGCCGGCGCUGGUGAAAGUCUAUGAUUACUACGAGACAGAUGAAUUUGCCAUCGCCGAGUACAGUGCCCUCUGCAGCAAAGUGGGAGCCGAGCAGAGCAAUGUGUGAGGGAUGGAGUCGUGUUCUGAGCCUCCUACGUCCCACCCACUUAGCCUCUGCUCAGGCUGAGGUGGUUGGAGGGAGCGACAGAGAGAAAACAGCCGCAACAAGAGGGAAACAAACAUUACAAAUAAAUAAAUUCACCACCCUGA